ACCCACAAAAACAAAAUGAAAAUAACCCUUCUGUUCGCCGGAAUAUUCCUUGCCGGAAUCUUCCUCCCGGAGCCGGUUACGUGUCAGAAUUGUAAGUGUGCUCGGAACUUGUGUUGUAGCCAGUAUGGUUACUGUGGCACCGGAGCCGCUUAUUGUGGAAAAGGCUGUCAAAGUGGCCCGUGUUCUCUACGUGCUCGUGUAAAUAAUGCUUCCAUCCCUGGUAUAGUGACGUUGCCAUUUUUUAAUAGGAUUAUUGCCAAGUCUGCAAGGAACUGUCCCGGGAGAGGUUUUUACACACGGGAUGCGUUUCUUAAAGUCAUAAGAGACUACCCACAUUUUGCUAGAUCCGGUUCGAUCGAUGAUUCGAAAAGGGAAAUCGCGGCUUUCUUUGCUCAUGCUUCUUUUGAGACCGGAUAUUUUUGUUAUAUAGAAGAAAUAACUGGUCGUUCAGGAAAGUACUGCGACAAGACCAACACUAAAUAUCCAUGCAACCCUAGAAAGAGUUACCAUGGGAGAGGUCCGAUCCAACUCUCAUGGAACUACAACUACGGUGCAGCCGGAAAGAGCCUUGGGUUUGAUGGACUCAACAACCCUGAGAUCGUGGCUAAAGAUCCGGUGGUUUCAUUCAAGACCGCCUUAUGGUAUUGGAUGGAGAACGCUCACUGGGAUUUUGCUUCUGGUAAUGGGUUCGGAGCUACAAUCCGAGCCAUCAAUAGGGUAGAAUGUGAUGGUGGGGACCCUAAAACCGUGAGCUCCCGUGUCUCGUAUUAUACUGAUUACUGUAAACAACUUGGUGUCGGAACCGGCAAUAACCUUAGGUGCUAGACUUCAGUUGUAUUAGCACCAAAUGAAAACCAACACCUGUUUAGCUUAUACGGUUUUUCGUCAAUGAAAACCGACACUUAGACUGGCUUAUACGGUAUUUCAUCAA